AUGGCCGGUAUCGCGCGAACCAAGAAGAUAGCUCCUGUCCAAUUUGCUCUCAAGACUCUUGAUGACGAUGACUGGGACACAAUUCUGAGGGUAAAUCUGGAUGGCGUCAAAAACUCACUACGAGCCGAAAUUCAAUGUAUGCAAGACGGGCGUUCAAUUGUCAAUGCAUCGCGCACUGCUGGACAAUCUGGACCGCCUAAUUCCUCUCCGUAUACCGUUUAG